ACGGUACGAAGUUAAAUGGAUUUCCAAUUGCUGUUUACUUCCGCAUAACGUCUGAAUCAGGAGCCUCUGAGUCUGGCCCCGGUGCACUGGAUGAGGACCAAUAAACGGAGUUUGAAACCUGACAAGACCGGUUUGGUUCCCAUGUCUGGGAGGCAGACCAGUUGCCUGUUCUGAAUUUGGUCGGACUCUCUCUGAAGGAUGAGGUUUAUGGUCUUUGGGUGCUCCUAGGUCCAUCUUUGUCGCUGGAGAAAGGUUUUUUUUGUUUUUGUUUUUUUGCAGCUAAGGACCUGUUUUUUUUUUUUUCAUCUUAGGCUGAUUUAUGACUACUUAGGUUGUAGGUAUGAUUUUUCCCCAUGUUGUAAGCUGCUCUGAACAUGGUUUGAACUGUGGAAAGACGCCAUGCAAAUAAAAUCAUGUAUAUAUAUGUACAACAUCUGUCAUGGGCAUAGCCAGGAUUUUUGUUAGGGAGGCAGGCCUUUUGUGGUGGGGAGAGAACCUCAGUUUGCUAUAUAUUUUAUUGAUUUUUAUUGAUGGGGGCUGCCCCCCCCCAGCUGUGCCUAUGACAGCUGUGACCAUUCCUAGACCACAGUGGGCCAGACACUGGGAAUCUCAUUACUAGACUACUGCAAUAUGCUCUAUGUAGGGCUGCCCUUUCAAUUGGUCUGGAAGCUACACUUAGAGCAGAAUAUGGCAAUAGCAGAUAACACUAUUGGUGAGAGAUCUGCACUGGCAGCCAGUGUGCUACUGGGCCCAAGCUAAGGUGCUGUUGUUGGUUUAUAAACCCUAAGCAACUUGGAACCAGUUUGCAGGAGGGACAGCCCCAUUCAUUUCUGCCCAAGCAGUAUGUUUGUCAGCCAAGGCACUUUCCUGAUGCCACAUGAUGCCCACUCUACAACCACCACAAGCAGAGCUCCCUAAUGUUGUGGACCUCCCUCCCAAUAUGCAUUAAGCAAGCUUCUUCUGUUUUAUCUUUAAGAAGUUUGCUCAAAACAAAACUAUCUAACCAAGCCUUCCCUGUAGUAGUAGCAGCAGCUUUGCAGUUCUUUGAUUGCUGAACAUUUUUUAAAAUAAUAAUUAUUUUGUCAAAUGUUCAUUGUUCAUUGCUUGGGGAAAGUGAGCAGCAUGGGAAUCAGAGAAAUAAAUAAACUGUGUGUGUGUAAAUAUGUAUAAUAGUGUAAUCCAUAAAAACAUAGUGUUGUGAGUUUGCCUGUGAAUGGAUCUGCCACCAUAGUUUUGCCCUAAAAUGAUGACUGAUAAGAGUCUUGGAUUUGGUAACAUGAUGUUAGUAUUUCUAAAUGGCUGUGUGUGUACUGUCCCCUGCAAGGAUAGUUCGCUUGGGGUCAUGUUUUACAGAAGUGUGUGGCGUAUUGUGAGCAAUAGCAGGUGCCAGGGUCCGUUAGCAGUGCUUACCUGAUCUCCCUUCUGUGAAGUCACUGCUGUUUACUGGGAGGGGGGGGCAAGGUGUCAGUGAGGUCGGUGCUGCAAAAAUACUGGAGAUAAAUACAGGGCACUCUCUGAUCAAGAAACUCAACCAGCUCCUGACCAACUGCCCUGAUCUAGCCCGAAAGCUGCUUGACCAGAUCUAUGACAAUGCUGUGAAUGAUGACCCCUAGGCAAUGCUUGAAGGAGCUCUUUACCCAAGCCAAUAGGAUGUUCCUGCUGGUGCACUUGCACAAUGCUGACCUUACCUAUUUUGCCUUGCCCCUCCCACUCUCCCUCAUGAUAAAUCACAGUGAUUCCACUGCCGGGAGGUCAGGUAAGCACCACGACCACCCCACCUUAUCAUCCACUACUGAUUGUGUUUGAGGAAGAAACAGUAGCUGGCAGUUUUGGAGGAAACAAAGCCGGAGGAGAGAACGCAGAGAGUUCCUAGAAGCAACUAGCUGAAACCGGCAGGGCCACCUUGGAGGCAGCCUCCCACGUUCUCCCUCCUUUCUAGAAGAGCUUGUUUGCCUCUGUUUAUUGUUGCCCUGUAUUUUUGCAACAAAGAGUCUCCGUGCUCUCUCAUCCAAAGAGAAGCAAACCCAGAAGUGCUGUCCCUGGAACUUCUCAUCACUCAGAACACAUAAACAACAUGGCCGAUGGAUUCACUAGUCAAAUACAGAAGAACGUCAGAAGAUCCCUGCCGAACCACACUAAUGGCUUGCUUAAUCUAGUGCCCUGUUCCCACAGUGGCCAACCAAAUGCCUCUGGGAAGCACACAAGCAGGGCAUGAGGGCAAAAGGCCUCCUCCAUGGUUACUCUCCAGCAGCUGUUAUUUAUGUUAACUUCCAAUAUUGAAGAUAACAUAAAGCCAUCAUGACUAGGAGCCAAUGAUAGCUUUAUCCUCCAUGAAGUUGUCUAAUCCCAUUAUGUAUGUUCAUUCACACAUCUCCCUAUGAAAUCAUAAAUGCAACCAUGCCCAAUGCCUCCUGAAAGGCAUGCACGUCACAGGAAGGAUGCAGAACAAUUCUGCCAUUAGAAAUCUCUACGCAUGUUAAUUCUGGAAUAAAUGGUUACUGGGCAAUAUUUUAUGUGAUGCAAAAUGCUCAUUGUCCUUCAUGGAGAUCCUGAGCUAGACUGUCGAUUACAUUGCCGGUGGAAACAGGCCUGUUUGUUCAAUUUAUGGCUCACCUGGCAUUCCAACCUUUGGCAGACAUUCAUUCAAAGGGAAUCUGAAGAAUGCAACACAGAGUUCAUCCAGGGGUGAAACAAGCCUUUAUUUCACCCGGGUCAGAGACCCAUUUUGGCACAUACACACACACACACACCAAUUGCAUACACACACAUACAGGCAGGGAGCCUCAAUGCUGCCUCUCUGGAGGCUUCACCCAGGGCAAAAAACCACAGCUAGCUCCCUCACCCUGCCCCAUAACUAUGGCACUGAGUUCAUGAUAUCCAUCAAAGAACAUUCUCUUACGACAAUACAUUUAGCUGCUUGGAAGACUGAGCAGGGUUUUGUUUUUUUGGAGGGGCAGGGAGAGAGGAAAUGGGAAGGCUGCUCUUUGCUUGCUUGCUUCGGGGUGGACAGGAUUUCCUGGCAGCCUUUAGAAGCCAGGAUGCAAGAAGUCCCUGCUGCAGGCAUUUUGGCUGGUAUUCAAGCCUGCAUGGGCAGCAUCUUGAUGCUACUGCAGGGGUAAAAAGCCAGGGGUAGCCAACAGGGUGCUCUCCAGAGGAUGCAAGACGAUAUAACUCACCUCUUUCCUAACCACUGGGCUGGCCAAGUCAACUGGGGCUGAUGGGACUUGGAGUCUUAACAGAUAUGGAAGGUACCAUGUUGGCUACCCCUGGUGCCAUGUUGGCCACAACAUCUCACUGUACAAAUUUGCUACUAAUGCGAUGGCAGCUUUAGCAAUAAUACUCAGGAUUAUAAAGCACUUUGAGAGUUCAGAGCACACACUUUAUUUAAUUAACCAGCACUCAUUACACCCGCCAUGACCUCUAUCAACCCAAGCAACAAUUUAAGAGAGAAGGAUCACAGUCUCCUUAACAAUCCUCCAAACCCGUAUGUUAUUCCUCAGGCUCACCUAUAUUAUUGUGACGUUGUUGUUGUUUUUUUAAAAGAAGUAUCCCCAGCACAUGCUCUCUAAAUGCACCUUUUUGUGACAAUUUCUCCUUCAGUUAAAAUCUAAAAUAGUACCCUGAUCUUGACUCAGAUUGUUCUGGUAAAAAGGAAUAUCCCCACUGCCCUGUAGCUUCAGCAUCUCUCUUCCAAUGUGGUAACAUCCUCUUUUAGCCAGAGCUUCCUGAUGCCACCCAUUAUUAAAAAAUACAGAAGUUCUCACUCCACAAUGCAUAUCACAUCCCAGUGCCUUCCUGUUCUUGGGAUUCAUAUGCAAAGGAGCCACUCCUAGCACUACAGGCCUCUUCUUUGGGGGAAAUCAAGAAAACAUCUGUAAACUGCACUCAUUUCCUCUCCAAAGGAGCCAGCCCACAAGAGGCAUGCAAGCACAGAAGGAAAAAAAGCCCCAGAGAGCCUUGCCUUUAAUGGGAUCCAAAGUGCCAACUCCCUUCCAUCCAGGAGAAGGGUGGGUUCUUCCAGUGCCUGCUUCUUGCUCCUGGUCUCGAUUCCUUGGAUGGCAGGAACAGUUCAACGUGGGACUCCCACAGCCUGCCGAAAUCUUCCAUCUAGUUUUAAAGGGGCAAGGAUACCAUACGGGUGGGGAAUUGCUCCUUGCUGGUUGAUUCCCCAUCGCUGAAGCAGCAGCUGCCAAGCAGAGGUCACUUCUGCCCCACCUUGUAGCUGCUUUUUUACUCUUGGACUGUGAUUUUGUUUUGCUGCUCAGCUUUGCUAGAAAUAUCCCUAUCUUGCAUCUUCAACAGUGCUAAGUACCCUUAAAUCCAUCAAUAAUGCAGGGUGAUCAAUGGCCUUUUGAUGCAGGUAGAGUGCAGGCAUCAACCUGCAGAGCUGGAUGUCAUAGGCCUUUGUGGAGAUGUGGGGCCACACAGGGAGCUGAAAAGGAAUUUCAGGGAACCCAGAUGUCUCGGGGAGUUGCUAAGGGGGCUAGGGGCUGUGCAGUUUGAGGCCGCUGCUUCAACUGCAGUGCACAGCAUUAAAGGGAUCUAAUAUCUGUAAGAGCUAUUCCUUAAUACUUGGACACAGGACAUGGGAAAUGCACCUUGACCGCAGCCUAAUGUAUCUCUCAGACUCACUUUGCCACUCAGUUCCCCCCCCCCAGCUAAGUGUUUGUGGGGAGUAUAGCACUGAAAGAUAAUCCAAGCACCUAAUUUUUGAGAGUCUGCAUGAAAUCUGACUUUACCAGAAUCUUGUGCUGACUUGAAAUGUUUCAGUUUUUAACUUUUAUUAAAGCAUUUGUAUUCUGUGCUCUGUAAAAUCAAGGCAUCGCCAGCGCUUCUUCAGUAAUAAGGGAAAAUUAUAAAUCCAGUGAACAGAAUUAUGUCUAACCUCUCUCAGUAUGGAUAGCCUUCCACAACCUGGUGCCCUCCAGAUGUGUCCAGUCUUUACAAACAUCAGAGUGCAUCUCGUGGCCACACGGAGGGAGGCCUUUUCUGCAGUGGCACCAACCCUCUAGAAAACCUUGUGCAAUCCAAAAUGUGUCAACUGUAACUCACUUUACAUACAAAUUAAACAUUUGUUUGCUCAAGCCUUUAGUUUGAACUGCUCAUUAUUUUGAUUCUGGAUUUUUUUUGACAGUAUGCAUUUUUAUUGACAGUAUGCAUUUUUUGUUUUAUCUGUACUGUAUUCUAGUCUUGAUUUUGUGGCUGAGCAACAUUCUGGGAGGAGAUUUUCUAGGACUAAUGUAAGACUGCGAAGCUGCCUUGUUAUUUUUGCUUUGGAUGCUACAUGUUGUUAUAUUUAUGGAAAUAUGGCUUUUUGCAUGUUACUAUAUUUUUGUUUUGCCAUGUUAUAAUGAAAUUGUUACUAUGCUAUUGUUUUGCUACAUUAUUCUGAAAUUAAUAUUAUGUUACUGUUUUGCUGCAUUAUUCUGAAAUUGAUAUUGUGUUACUCUUUUGCUAGGUUAUAAUGAAAUUGUUUUUAUGUUAUUGUUUUGCUGUGCUAUUAUCAAAAGUUUUUGUAGUGUUUGUUUGAUAUGCAUCCCUCUUUAUUUGCUGUAAACCUUUUUGAGCAUGAGUUUUUUGUGUGUGGAAAAACAGUAUACAAAUAAAAUGAAUGAGUGAAUGAAUUUUAAGGGUUUUUUAUAUUAACUGCUUAGAGAUUUUUUUUUAAUGUAUAUAUUCCAUUGAUGAAAUAAAUAAGCUCCCAUCAUCCCUAAGCAUUGGACAUUCUGCCUGUGACUGAUGGAGCUGUAGCCUAGCAUCAUCUGCAGGCGCCAGGCUGGGGAAGACCAGUUUUCACAUUUCACUGUCAUUGCAAGCAAAAUAUAACUUGCAGGUGCUUUCUUUUUAGAGGAAGCAUCUAUAACGCCUGGCCAGUCUCAGCGCAGUUGCCAUGGCUCAUUUGGAAUAAUAUUCUUAUGGUCCAUAACAGCAGAAGUGGGUUGAACAAGUCACUCAAGACACAUCUCCUAAGGUGGGGGGGGGGCUUCGUUGCACAGGUAAACAGUUUAAACAGAAGGAGCUAACAGAAAAACCCCAUUUGCCCCAUUAGGCAGCGGUUCGCAAGAGUCCACAGAUCAGAGAGGAGGCUGACCUUUCAAGGAGGAAAAUGGGACUGCCUUCUGUUUGCACAAGACAAGCCAGAGGAGAAGAAAAUGCUCAUUUGUAUGGAAUCCCUGCCUUGACCUGACCUAGUCAAACAGAAUACAAGACUAUAAUUGCAGCACAGUUAAUAAAGGUAUAGUUAUUUGUAUUCCCCUCACCCUAAUUUCUACCAGAGCUUGCGGGGGGGAGGACGGACUGUAGUUGCCUAGAAAUAUACACAUUAAUUAGUUAAUGAGUUUGAAAGCACAUAGUGUUGAUGCAAGGCUCAGGUUGGUCCAUGGCCAAGUGCUACUAUGAAACUGCGGUACAUACAUUAAUGUUUCCUAGGUACAGUAUCUGCAAAAUAAUAAAUGUUAAUGAAACAUAGGGAGCCUAGGCUGAUGAAAACACAGCAAGGUUAUUUUGUUUCACCAUGUUUCAAAUCACAUGUGCUUUCAUGGUGCACAUCAGUACAAUUCAAUGUGUUUCCAAGUCACCCACUUUCUGUCCGCACUGUAUGGUUUACACCUUCAAGCUGGAUUAAAGCUGCUUUGUGGGCGAAAGGCAUAAAAAUGCAGUAUUUUUCAAGAAGCAAACAGGAUAGAUGUGGGUUGUGGAUAAUGUCAUAUGCAUAGACUUCACAAACCAGUGGUGGAUGCAGAGUAAAUGGGUGUGUGUGCAUUGCCCUAGACUAGAGUAUUCUAUUGGUCAGUAUUUUGGCCUUCUAAAAGUCUACACACAAAGACUUUGUAGUCACCAUUGCGUUAAUGUGUUUGAAUUGACACUAUUGACUGUGAAGAUUCUCUAGCACAGAAAAAUCAGUGUGACUGACACCGCAAAUGCCAUAGAAUCAUAGAGUUGGAAGAGGCCCAGAGGGCCAUCUAGUUUGGAGGAAUCUUUUUGCCCAACGUGGAACUUGAACCUUGAGAUUAAGAGUCACAGGCUCUACUAACUGAGCUAUCAAGAACCACCACCACCCGAGCACUGUAAAUGGAACCUGAUGCAUUCACUGGUCUACCUUUUUCCACUCCCUUACACAGACUUCUCUUUCCUCUGAAGUUUGCUUUCUAAAUGGACAUUAACAUUUCAGCAAUUCCAGUACAUUGUAAAAGAGAACACUCAAGUGUACAAUCCUUUGACAUUUACUCAGAAGCAAGUUCCACUGUGUCCAGUGGGUCUUAUUACCAACUUAGUGUGCACAGGAUUUCAGGCAAAAUAGAUGGUGUAUGUCCACUGCAGAAUCAAUGAAAGAAUUGGUUUUUUAAAAAAAAUAUAUUAUUUAACAAAAUGUAUAUACCGCUUAACUGUAAAUUAAAACCUGUAAACGGUUUACAAAUAAUAUAAAAUAUACAUUUACAAUAUUUUAGGUGAUUUAAAAAAAUAUAGAAUCAUGGAAUCAUAGAAUCGUAGAGUUGGAAGGGACACCAAGGGUCUUGUAGUCCAACCCCUGCAAUGCAGGAAUCUCAGCUAAAGCAUCCAUGACAAAUGGCUGUAUAUUCAUAUGCACAUAUGUGUACAUACAUACCAUAUAUUCUUAUGUACUUACUUGGUGCUCUGUCCUGCAUCCAGACAUUUCCAGAACAGAUGGACAGGAGUCCUUGUGGUGUAGUGCUUAAAAGCAGUAGACUCAUAAUCUGGUGAACCGGGUUCACGUCUCUGCUCCUCCACAUGCAGCUGCUGGGUGAUCUUGGGCUAGUCACACUUCUCUGAAGUCUCUCAGCCCCACUCACCUCACAGAGUGUUUGUUGUGGGAGAGGAAGGGAAAGGAGAAUGUUAGCCACUUUGAGACUCCUUCCGGUAGUGAUAAAGCGGGAUAUCAAAUCCAAACUCCUACUCUUCCUCCUCCUCUUCUUGUAGUAGGUUCAUGUGCUUAGUUUAAUGUGUGCCCUAGCAUCAAAUAAAACACCAAAUCACCUCAGUCACAUUGUUCUCCUGGUGGCUAUAGUUCUGUUUAGAGAUGGGGGUGCGGGAAAUGAAUUUGUUCAGUCAUAAAAGAGGAAUCAGUUGUCAGAUUAUAAAUAUCUGGGCCUACAGGGAAUGGAAACUGCUUGCAACUUGUUGUUCCCAGAUGAAGGCAACUCCUUCCUUUAUAAAUCCCCAACAGGAAUUCUGAUCAAGGACUUGAUGCAACAACCCUCAUUAAAAUAACUUAAUAAACCUUCAUCUCGUUCCCCAUAUUCUAGGAUCCAUUGCCAAGUAGUCAAAAGGCCCAUUGUUACUGGAAUAUAUGCGGCCGGAAUAGGGGGAGGUCCUCUGUACUUUAUCUGUGGGUUUCUUUUGGGGAAUCUAAAUUUUCCACAGUGUCAAACACCUUCUAGCUGGAGGGUUUUGAAAAAAAUAUCUGCAACACUAAUAAACAGGGGUGGAAUAGACUUUCUGUUGUUAGAAACAUGGGGGGAAAACAUUUCAAUGAGUGUUUUAAUUGGAUUUGGGCUGCCUUGCAUUAGUUUCCAACUUAACUCCUUCGGUAAAGCACGGAAUAUUCUAUUGUUUGUUUGUUUAUGUGUCAAUCAUCUUAAAAUGUUCAGAAACCCCAGACUUAGUCUAAGCUGGCAAAAUGACAGUUCUGGAGAAAGGGUUUUUUUAAAAAAGAGUUUUGCUUCCUCUUUUCUGAGUGUCGGGAAGUUGACAGCAGCAGUGAGAACAUCAGCUUCCUUUUGAGCAGUGAUAACUAGAGAUAGAGAAAGCUCAUACCAAAAUAAAAACUUAGUUGGUCUUUAAGGUGCUGCUGAAGGAAUUUUUUUAUUUAGAGAUGGAGAGUACAGAAUUGCUCAGGUGGGGGUGAGGGGUUGCCUUUUCUUGAAAUGUGCAGCUUGAAUAGGAAUCAUACAGCUGCAGCCAGGAGGAGUGAAGGCUUUAGUUCUAAGGCAACAUCAGGCUCUGCUCCUGCUCUGUCAUAUCCAAGCAUAGAAGCCAGUCUGCUUCAAGGAUCUGCUUUCAAGCCACCAACACAGUUUGAAGCAAAGCACCUUCCUUCAAGCUCCCGUUUUCAAGGCAUCAGUAUGUGGUGGGCUAACAGGAGCUGGAUUUAGGGGCAGAUGUGUGUGCUGCUAAGCUUGGUGUAGGGUUGCCUUAUUUUGAAGAGAAUACAUUUUCCAGCUUCUAUUUUUAACUAUGGAUCGCUGUGACCAGUGCCAGAUUUACAUAAAAGCUAAACAAGUUAUAGCUUAGGGCCUCUCUCUCUUGGGGGCCCCCCAAAAAUUAAAGGAAAAAACUGGAUGUACAUUUCCAAAAUAUAAGAUAAAAAAAUAAAACCUACACACAGCAACAGUCUUCUGUGUUGUGUAGGCUCCUAUGAUGUAAGUAAUGGACCCCGCCUGCUAGCCUGCUCCCUAAAAUAUCACAGGUUUGCUCAUUUCUAUAUAUUUUAAUUAUUUCACUAUUAAUAUACUUCUUAAUUGUAUUUCACUAUUAAUAUACUGGUACUUCUUAAUUGUAUUUCAGUUCAACAGUUGCUUUGGUAAAAUGCAUAUUUUGUUAUGUGCAGAUAUGGCUUUAGAUACCUAUUAGGUCCAUAAAUUAGCAUAUAGCAUAUAUUCAACACAAAAAAAACAGCAACAAUUUGUUGUUGACAAAGGACAGCUGGACAUAUAAAGGGCUUCAUUACCUUCAGUAGCUUAUGGCCUCAUCAAACCUAAAUCCUGCCCUGGCUGUGACGACUCUACCCAUGAAAGAGAGGAUGUGUCCUAGAAAAAGAGGACAUAUGGCAACCCACUGACUCCUGUCCAGACUAUCUACUCAGCUAUCCCGUGAGCAGCUGAAACAGUAGAAACAGUUUGUAUUCCCCUGUAAAGGUGACACUGACUUACAUGACUAACAUUGCACCAGCAUUUGUAUGUGUGUAUUUUACAGGAAUAUUUACAGCAUCAGUGCCCAUCCAACAAACAGCGAAUUUAUAAGUGGUCAUAUGCAUGCUUGCAUGCAAAUGUAUCAUUAUUAUUUUUUGUGACAGGGAACAAUUACAUCCAAAAUCAUAUGUCACUAUUGUGAAAAAGGUUGCAAUGCAUUUUUUUUAACUACGGUAUUUGAAAGUAGAACAAGCAAAGGGAAAUCCUGAAGCUAUUCCUCACAUGGGACACCAUUUGACCUAAGAUCAAUGCAGUGGUUAUCUGAAGAAGUGUGCAUGCAUACGAAAGCUCAUACCAAUGACAAACUUAGUUGGUCUCUAAGGUGCUACUGGAAGGAAUUUUUCUAUUUUAUUUCUAUUUUGUUUUGACAGCACACCAACACGGCUACCUGCCUGUAACUAGAGCAGUGGUAGGGGCCAAGGAGGCUUCAAAACCUUUUUUAUUACAAUUAGCGAGUUCUACAAAUAGCUUGGAGGUGGAAGAGGGGUGGGAUUUUGUUUAGUUAAACAGAGCAGGGGGUAAAGGUUAAACACCAUUCUUGGUCCUUAUCUGAAUCCCUUCCGCAGGCUCUGCUUUUGAAAAGCAGGAGAUGUUGCUUGUGGAGUUCUCAUAUCACUCCGAGUUUUGCUCUGCAUUAAUUCUUGAAAGUGGCUGCAUGCCACUGUGUCUCUUAAGGUUCCAGCGCACAGGGCUUCUCUUAAAAAUGAAAAAUGAAAAAAACCCUGUUAUAACACUUAGAGGAGCAGACUCUGUUAAGUAUCUGUAGUUUGAAACAAUAGCAUAAGUGUCGUUCUGUAUUAGAGGCAGUAUGAGUACUGGUUGCUGGGAACUGCAGAUGGGGAGACAGUUGUUGUGCUCAUGUUCUGCUUGUGGGACUCUGUGUUGAAGAUUCAUUCCCCAUGUCUGCAUUCAUGGGAUUGUUGUCUAUCACAUGAUGAUACAGUAUACGUUUUUAUUCCACAGUGGGAAGUGACGAAGACAGGGUGUUUGUGUUACUGUGUUUCCUGAAAGGGGACUGUUGUCCUUUGUUCUUUCUCUUUGCUGUCUUAUGCUAGAGAGAGAGGGAGCCAUGUUGCAGUGCUCCAUGUAUGUUUUAUGUAAAUAAAUGUAGAUUAGCCAAAUGCUGUGCUACUGAGUUCUGUUAUGCUAUUGCGCAAACUCUGCAAAUCCGUAAGUGUGCUGAUGUCAGUUGGCAUCAGUCGCUGUGAUGUUUGGGCUGGAGAAUGCUUUUGAAGCUCCUGAAUGAUCAACCAGCAGGGAGAGAACAUGCCAGUCGGGCAUAUUUCUCUGCCAAGGUCCUACUUGCGAGUAAGAGAUCCUAACACUCUGGUGGGCCUCUGGUUACUGGAGGACAUGGGCCUUUGGCCUGAUCCAGAAACGUAUGCCCCCCCCCAGUGUAGAAGGAUGUAUGGAUCCAGAAUUGGCCUCCACAGUCACUUAUGCAUGGACUCAUUGUUUAAACCGUGUUUAUGGAAGACAAUCUUACUCGGCUAUGAGUGAUCACAGAAGAAGAAGAAGAAGAAGAAGAAGAAGAAGAAGAAGAAGAAGAAGAAGAAGAAGAAGAAGAAGAAGAAGAAGAAGAAGAAGAAGAAGAAGAAGAAGGCUUGUCUUAUGUUCUUAUGAUAAGACUCAGAAAGGCAGCUAAGCAUUGGAACAGCACCAUCUAUUGGAAUAGUGCAUCCACCUGUUAGCUGACACUGUUGCUUAUAUAAUCAACGAAGUUUAAUCCUGAUGACUGACAGCACAUUGUCUUAAGUUCCUUGACUAACUGGAGACUUGAUUAGAGGAGACUGAGAGGAGAUACGAUACCAGUCAUCUUUUAAUAUCUAAAGGGCUGUCACAUGGAAGAUGGAGCAAGCUUGUUUUCUCCUGCUCCAGAAACUAGGACCUGAACCAAUGGAUUCAAGUUACAAGAAAAGAGAUUCUGACUAAACAUUAGUAAGAGCUGUUCAACAGUGGAAUGGACUCCAAUGAGAGGUGAUGGAUUCACCUUUCAUGGAUAUUUUUAAGCAGAGGUUGGAUGGCCAUCUGUCAUGUAUGAUCUAGUUGAGAUUCGUACAUAACAGGGGGUUGGACUAGAUGACCCUCAGGGUACUUUCCAACUCUAAAGUUAUAUGAUUUUAACUAUUAAUAACUGUAAAAAUCAACAACUGGUAUUGCUUGCCCAAGCCUGGGAGAAAGGGUGGGUAUAACUAUAUUAAAUAAUAAUUUGCAACUAAGAGAACAUACAUACCGGUAAUUCUGAAUAACCCAAACUCUCCCUUGUUGAUAAUUCAAAUAUCUUUCAUAAUAUUUCACUAAUGUUCCAUGGAAAAGUUUCACUUAGCCAUUUUUAAAAACUCAUUUCCCUGGCAUAAUAAGAAAACAUCUUUGCUGAAUAACUGCAAGAAUAAAAAUGAGGGAAAUGCCAUCUUUCUAUAUUCUAUCCUUCCUUUUAGUCAACAGAGGGCAGCAGAUACUUGUGCCAAGCAUUUGUUUGGUUACUGCAAACACCUCCAGCACAUAUGGCUCUCUGUGCCGCAGCAUCCUCAGAGAUCAUAAAAAUCAUAGCGUUUGCGUACUCAGAAGAAUAAUGGGGGACAGACCCAGGUAAGACACACUGUGACUUCAGUACAUUACAGAACAGGGACUGCCUAUAGAACACCAUUAAUGUUUAAGAUGUCAAGAGUUUGAGAUUUCUAUUAGAGCAAAGAGCACAUGUUCAUUCUUAGACUGAUGCACAGCUAUCCAGAGAGAAACAGAAAAAUCCGAACAGCAGAAUGAGUCAGUCACAGUGAGCAAAUUAUACCACUUGCUCUGAGGAUGCUCCUAGUCUGCUUAUUAACACAGACUUCUCGAACUUCUCAUCUUUUCCUGGCAUAUCUGGUACAUUUUGAGUGGACAAAAAGUGAAAUUAUGGUUACCAGUGUUAAUGCUGAUACCUCAGAUCCACAAAGUAUUUAGAAAGUCAGGCCUUUGGGGACAUCUGAAGCCUGGCAGAGCAAUCCAAAACCCCUUUCCCUUGCACUGGGUUGGGGAGGGGGUUUGGAUUGGGUGGGGGUGUCCCUCUGCCUAGCCCAGCAUUUUGGGCUAAGCUGGCCUCCCUCUGGCUCCCACCAACUGAGAUGCACAGCUAUCUGAAAGAGCAUCACUCUUUCAGUAGGCCACAAAUUGUGUGUGGGAGUUCCACUGGUGAGAUGUCCAUCAGUAGCAGCCAGUGGGAAGACAUGUGUCAGGAGUAUGGGCAGGAGUCAGGCUCUGGGGCCUGUAGUGCUUUGCAGGACUGGGGCAUGCCUCAACUUGUGCUGGAGAAGCAAGGCGUGGCCACACAGGUGAAGUCCUCAGCUUGUGCUGGAGAGGCAAGGAGUAAUCACCCAGGUGAGGCCACUUGAGAUCUCACUGCACCUGGUGGCAGGAGCUGGGAGGGAUAAAAGCCCAGCAUUUCCCUUCAGCUCUUUGCCACAGCAACGCUAUCCCUGCCUGGUUGCAUCUGGCCUCCUGUUCCUUGGACCCUUGCCUUGUUGCUGCCGUGCUUCUUGGACCCCUGCCUCGCCUUCGCCUUGCUCCUGCCCCGUGGACCUUCGCCUUGCUUCUUGUUCCUGGAUCCUUCGCCUUGCUCCUUGGACCCUUGCUUCGCCUUCGCCUUGCUCUUGCCCCGUGGACCUUUGCCUUGCUUCUUGUUCCUGGACCCUCGCUUUGCCUUCGCCUUGCUUCGUGCCCCGUGGACCUUCGCCUCUGCCUUCGACCCUGCUUCUUCACCACCAUCUUGCCUCUGGUCCUGACGCCCGCUGACCGGACCGUGACAACAUGAAGUGAGAUGUUCCAGAGGUGGACCAGGGGUGCGGGUCAACCAAUCUGGGCCUGAUCAGUGUGCCAGCUUCAGGCUGGCAUAGAAAACAUGAAGCAAUGUUUGUAUUGCACUCGUAACUUGAACAGGAUAGGGCAGCCAUUACCAGAGGACAAAAAUGAAAACAAACCUCCUCAAAACAUCUAGGCUUCACAGAUUCUUUAGACAAGGCUAAACUUAGACAGUCAUCCAGGAAUAAUGCAUAUCUUUCUCAACACUGAUUUUAAAGGCCUACCUACAUUUAUUUAACAAAGUAGUGAGGGGGAAAGAAAAGUCUAGUCCAUUUCAAAAUAAAAGUUUAAAACUGAAUAGUUGGAUUGUGCCCUGCCACAUCUAUACUGCUUGUUCUGAGAAAAAGAGAGGGGAAAAGAUUACCUAACCAUUUCCAGAGGUGUGUGUUAUCAAAGACUAGAAGCAAUAAAGCUGGAUGAAAUCACACAAGUCCUCUAUCCUACAUGGUUAAAGAGAAAGCAUGGCCUCUGUCAUGCCUCCUUGACCUGGUGCUCUCGAGAUAUUGUUGGACUCCAAUACCCAUCAGCCCCAGAUAGCAUGGAUAAUAGUUGGGGCUGAUGGGAGUUGUAGUCUAAAAUCCUUGGAGGGCAGCAACUUGAAAAAUACUGCACUUUGGUGGAAUCUUACACACAUACAAAAAAUGUUCUGAAAAUGCAUUUUUAAAGCGUUUUUUAAAAAUGCAUUGAAAUUGUCAUAAGGCUCACCAUCACUAUCUAGUGUCACAUUGCACAUUGCACUUAAAACACACUUAAAACGUUUUAUUUGCAGCUGUAUAGGCCAGAUUUAUAGGAAGGUUAGAACUCCUCUCUGAAUUUAUGGAUGGAAAGGUGGGAUAAAAAUGUAAACAUAAAAUGAUUCGUGACAUAGCACAGACUGCAUGUGGACAAAAACACUGCACAUUGUCUUGGUAACCCCCACAAAAACUCUGCAGCAGACUGUCAUUAAUAUAGACUAUGGGGUGAAGAAACAAGUCCCAACAUUCAGGAACAAAAUAAACCCCAAAUCGAGCAGGAAUGACUUUGAUUUUUAGUUUCUCGGCAAAACAACGAGAGGAACAUAAGGAGACUAACAGAGCUCGUGAUAAAGUCACUCCAGUAAUAAUAGAGAAAAAUUAAAUGUUUGCCAAAACUGUGCUGGGACUACAUGUCUGUGUUUUCUUAACAGAGACUCUGCAAAAUAGCAGGGUAAACAGCCAAAAGUCUCCUGGAAAGAUGAAAGACAUAUGGUGGUUUCACAAGGAUUUUCAGAGCUUAAGAGGAGAAUAGUUUGGGUGUACGUGGGGUCAUCAAUGUGGCAACACAAUAGCCCCAGACGCAUCUUUUGUCACUCAGCAAGGUCACAUGCUCCUCCCAAUUAUUGACUGGGUGUGUGGACGGGGAGUUGUGGAGUAGGGUGCCUGUUUUUCUCUGUGCUUUGUUGUCUUGGAUGUGUGUAGCUGUGCUAGAGGAUAUUCUGAGCUUCACCAGUUUUUUAUCUGUGCACUGGGGUAUUUUGUGGUGCCCGUAACAGUUUCUUUCACUUGCAAAGGUGCAUAGUCCAAAACUCACCCCUCCAGCUCAAGAACCAUUCUUCCAAAUUAAGCAACAAUAUCUUCAGAGGCAUCCAAAUCUAUUCAGCUUGGAACAAUUUGGUCUGCCAUCUUGUUUCAAAUUGACAUCCGGCAGUUUCCAAAUGUAGAUGAAAACGAGCUCUUCCAUCUUCAGAACCAGAGUGUCGAGUUUGGCCACGAAAGGUGGCCAAUUGCUUAGAGAACAGAUGGACAGAAAAACAGACAAUCCACUUUCCACAGUAUAUAUUAGACUGGCAGAAAGCACCCUAUGUUGCCCAGGAAUUGUUAGAAAGCAAAACAUACGGAGAUUUGUGAAAUUUAAUGAAAUGUAAAUGUGUGUGUAUUUUCUAAGCCUGUACACAACCCCUCCAUCUGAUCCAGGUCUGGCCAGGAUUUAACCCAGCUGCAGCUCCAAAUCAUUGUGGGAACCAAGCCUAGGGCAGAAGUCAAAGAAGCAGCUGCAUGCAUGGAACAAGGCCUGCUUGCACAAUAGGAGUUUCCCUCUUCUUCUCCCCCACACCCCCUAAAUCUGUUCUAGAGGGUUGGGGGGGGGAAUCUACCCCUAAUGUUAAGUCAGCAUUUUAAAACCCCAAAGUAAAACAUACACCUGGAGAAGUAGGGAACACUGCCAGCCCUUGGAUUCUCACUCACUAUGCACUGACACAGCCUGCUUCUCUGUAGCAUCUGCUUUGGAGAGUGCCAGGUCCUCUUCCUCCAGUGGGGUGUGGCCAGUGGUGAAGCUGCAUGCUCCGGCACCAGGGGCAGAGAGCAGACGGGGGCGUGGCUGGCGUGCAUCCCGGGGGCGUGGUACGUUGCCCGUGAGGGCAUGGCAUGCUGCCUGCGGCGGCAUGGUACCUGGCAUGGUGUGUGUGUGGGGGGGUGAGCAACACAUUCAGGGGGUGGCUGCAAUGGUACCCCCCUUCCCGAUGGUGCUGGGGGUGGUGUGCUCCCCCGCCCCGCCGUUCCUCUGCCAGUAGGUGUGGCAGUUGCAAUUUCUUCAGAGAUGUCCAAAUCAGUGUAGUCUUGGCUGGUUCGGUCUGCCAUCUUGAUUCGAAAUGCAAUCCAACUGUAUCCAAACAUAGACCAAUACCCGCUUCUCCAUCUCAGGAAAUGUCACACCAAACUGGGCCCUGGUAUCCUCAAAGGGCCUUCUCUGUGGUGGCGCCUGCCCUGUGGAACGCCCUCCCAACAGAUGUCAAAGAGGAAAACAACUACCAGACUUUUAGAAGACAUCUGAAGGCAGCCCUGUUCAGGGAGGCUUUUAAUGUUUAAUAGAUUACUGUGUCUUAUUUUUCUGUUGGAAGCCGCCCAGAGUGGCUGGGGAAACCCAGCCAGAUGGGCGGGGUAUAAAUAAUAAUAAUAUAUUAUUAUUAUUAUUAUUAUUAUUAUUAUUAUUAUUAUUAUUAUUAUUAUGGCAUUUCGAAGCCCAGCAGAGAUUUGGUUCUCAUAUUGUUUCUGAAAGCGCAAAUCAGGUUGGUUUGCCUUUAAAUACGAACUGAAUUUAAAUUCUCCCUCAUUCCUACUCUCUCAAAUUCUCUGUAAACUUACGUGGGCAAUACCACUGACAUACCCUCAAACAUUUCUCCGAAGGAAAUAGGGACGUCCUAUUCUAUAAAAAUAAUUUUACUAUUUACAUGCCACCCAUCUGACUCGAUUGUCCCAGCCAUUCUGGGCAGCUUCCAACAUACAGUAUAUAAAAACAUAAUAAAACAUUUAAAAACUCUUCCCUAUACAGGUACAGGGCUGGCUUCAGGAAGCCUGGGGAUUGGAUAACCCUCCAAUAUUUAUCCGAUGAAAUUAGGGACAUCCUAAGGAAAUGUGGGCCAUUCCAGGAUCAAAUAAAAAACCAAGACAGCUUCUGUUAAUCUGGGACUGUCCCUGGAAAACAGGGACACUUGGAGGGUCUGCAUUGAAUACAGUGAUAUUUACUAAUCAGGCUAUGAGUCCCUUGAAGCAUUUUGACUCUUGGAUUGCCAGACUUCCUCUCAGUAGGGUAUUACUCCCUUUGGUCAAACAGAUUGAUUGUGCCAAAAUAUUAGUGUUGCUUUAUUAGCACCUCUCUCAUUAAGACCUCUUUCCAUUGUUUACUUUGCUAACAAGCUGCCUAGAAUUUCCAGUUCCCAAUUCUUCCUGUUAGAAAUAUGAAAACUAUGUUCUCUUGAAAACAAUGCUGCUCUAAUAACAUAUUUUAUGGACUGUGCAAUGCAGCUUGCUUAUAACUAGCUAUGGAAAGCCGUGAGAUUUUCUUUCUAAACUGAAUUUAUGCAUUGCUUAUACCAGUUCCAAAAGAACACAGUUGUUACUGGCUGUCUGGCUUAAUUUUAUGCACAAAGUAUGUGUGCAGCAACAAAAUCUGUGUCUCCUUACUGAGAGUCUGCUCACAAAUAAGCGAUUGUUUCAUAAUUAUUUCAGACUUGGCUGCUUGGAAAAGAUCUGUUUUCUAGGGAUGAGUUUAGUAAUCUUGGCAGCUCAAGAACAGGGUCCAACCACCAGCAAAUUAUGUGGAGGAGGCUGCAAUAGGAAAAUUAGAUCCAUACUGGAUGAAGCAUGGAACAUUCGGCCCAUUUUUGCUGGAGAGACCAAUUGCCACACCUAUCAGUCUGAGCUCACAAAUUUCAUUGAUUUUUACUGUUCUUCUCUUCGGCACUAUAUUUUCUGAUAAUGUUUUGAAAUCGCGUAUAAGGAAGUAGUCAGAAAAUGGCCACAUGCAUGCAUUUUUUAAAUGCAAAAAUUGUCAUACUUAAGUCUGAAACAAACAUCUGACAAAGCUCCAAAGAUCUUCUCCAGAUCUUUCAGGCCCACGUUCUUAUAGUAGGUGGGGAGCCUCUGGCCCUCUGGAUGAUGCUGGGCUAUGACUCCCAUCACUCCUGACCAUUGGCCAUGUUGGCUGGGGCUGAUGGGGAGUCCAGCAACAUCUAGAGGAGCACAGGUUCCCCACUCCUGCAGUAUAAAGCUGCAUGGUUUGUUUACACAUCAGUGUGCAUUGUACACAUCAAUAUGCAUGACGCUUUGCGGAGUGAGGUAAACAAAAUGAGUUUAUAAUCUGAUUUUUGACAGAGGGUGAGAUAAAAGAGGUAGAGGAAGAGAGGAAGACAGAGGGGGAAAAUAUGCACAGAUGCCGUCACAUAUAGGCUUAGUUGAAACAAGGACAAACAGGUUAAGCCACAGGAUUUCUAGAGAAGUGUCCCAUUGGAGAGUUCAAAGCAUAAAUGCUUCAAAGCAGGAUGGGCAAAGUUUUGUAAGAGGAAACAGAAGCCCUCCUGGCUGCUAUCUGGGUUGGUGGAGUGAAUGUUCAGAGGCUGGGCUCUCAGGAUAUGAAGGCAGAGAGAGGAGCAAAGGUCAUGUCCAAGGAAACCAAGGACCAGGUUCCUGUACUGGACAUAGGAGCAGAUAGGAAGCCAGUGUUGGGGUUUAAGGGCAAGCAUCUCCCAGUCUGAGUAAUGAGAGAAUUGGCUGAUUUUGGCAGAAGAGUCAUAGAUACCAGUGAGAAGACUGAGUCAAGAGUAGUGUGACCAUGUGAAACAGAGGACAGGGCCCUACACCUUUCACAGUUUUGUGGAAGGAGGAGUUUCAGCAGGUGUAGGUUGUCAUGCAAUUGACCGCUGCACUUGUGGAAAUUUCAUCUUCUACCUUACGUAAGAGACCUCUGUGGCCAUUAUCUGGCCAAUUCCCUUUGCACAUUUUUCAGACUGUAAGCAGAGAAAUGCGACAUCAGAUGGAGCCCUCCCUCGCCAUUCAUUGAAACAAAGAAGCUACUGUUUGCAGUUACAAAGCAGCAGCCCCCUCCUGAAGCCUUUCUUCUAGGUCAGCCUGCAAUAAUAACUCAACAGCAAAGUGUAAACGGGAGAACACUUACCCCAUGAACAGUUGGAGGCUGUCUUAGUCAUUCCUUGAUGCAGAACACUAUGUUUCUUCUUAUAUUUUAUCUUCAUGCUGAAUAAUUCUCUUAAAUUACAUGUGCUAUUCAUCUAACAGUAAAAGUAACAAAGAGUGACACCCUAAAGACUUAUCAGAUUUAUUAUGGCAUAAUUUUUCAUGGACCAGAGUCCUUAUCUGAUGACAGUGAAGAUGCAGUGGACUCUGAUGCACAAGAGCGUCUUCCAUAAUAAAUCUUUUUAGUCUUUAAAGUGACACUCUUUGUUGUUUCUUCAGCUCCUCCUGGAAAUUAUGCCACUGUUGUUUCCAUAAAAACUUAAGAACUAGCCCUGCUGAAUCUGACUGAGGGCACAUAGGCCAGCCUUUCCCAACUGAUUCCCUCAAGGUGUUUCAAAACUACAACUUUGGAUACCUAGAUCAUAUUGCCCUUACUCAUAUUGAAGGUGGUUUACUACCUGCUUCUCCAAUCAAUUUGUCCUCAAAAAAUGUUCCUGUAUCAAGAAGCAAUCGUCUAACCAUUUAGUUCCCAUGGCAAUGCACCACCUGACGUUUACCUAAGAAAAGGAUGUGCCUGCCCAGCAGAUUUACCAGCCUGCCAUCAAGUCCUAUAAUUUCAGCAGUAUAUUGCCAUUGUUAGAGGUUUGUUUGUGUUUGUGUGGAUGAUGGGUUGUGUUGGCAAAGGGAUCAGAAUGAAUGUUCAUUAUACAGCCAGUGCCGUCUAAGCUCCCUGCAAAUAAACAAAUAAAUUCAAGAACAAUGCUCAAUUAACUGGUCAUCUGGAAGCGCCACCUGUGUUGGUGAUGGAACUAAAAACUCAGCUGCGCUCUGGUCUGCACACUUGAGUAACCCACAGACCAUUGGCAAUGCAGCUUUCCAACUUCUUGCUUUCAGAUCAGCUUCUUUUGUAGUAGGCCCUGUACAACAUUCCAUGUCCUGGCUCCUCUGAUACAGUGUUUAAACUCCCCCUUCCAGCCUCUUAGGCAAUCAGAACCCAAGACACUGCAGAGUUCCUGAUCACUGGGAUAAUUUUCAUUGUGGCACGAAAAGCACUGUUGCACUCAGGUCCUGCUUUCAGACUGACCAUAGGCAUCUGGUUGGCUACUGUGAGAACAAGAUGCUGGCACUGGGCGGAUCCAGCAGACACUUCUAAUGUUCUUAUGUUAACCCACCGGGAUUCUCGAAAGCUGCUCUUCUAGCCUGCUAGCAAGAUGCAUUAACAAUCUAUCUUGCAACCCAUAUCAAAGUACAAAAAGUUAAAAAUGAGAAAUAGUACAAGUGCAAAUUUUGUUGGGAAAAGUCUUAGUGAGCUUAGGAACAGAAGAAGUUGCCUUAUACUGAGUCCACACAGAAAGCACCCAUAUUCCCUUGAUAUUUUUUUUCUCAGAUGGGAAGAGAACACUGUGAAAUAUGGUCACUGACAAUUAUUGUUAAUCUUGGCUUCAUUAUGCUCUGCAGUUGCUACCUUGUUUGCCUCAUCACAGGCUUAAUCUAGGAGUGGGGGCGGGGAGUUGUCAGAGCACAUGAUUAUUCUUUGUUAGCAGCUUACUGUUGAUUAUAAGGUGUGUAUUGUUGUUGUUGUUGUUUUUAAAGCAAGUAGAACAACUGCUCUUGAAAUACACUAUUAUCACAAUUUAAUACUGAGUACAUCCAAGAGCAAGCCUUUGAACCUUGCUAUGAAUUGUUCCCUGGCUAUGGUUGCUCCCAUUUUACAGAUUGGGAGCGAGGGGCCUAUUAACAUUAGGUGGGUACCCUCAGAAUACUGUUUUAUCGACUUCCCUAUGAGGAAGCGUUACAGCAUCUGGUGCCUUUUAGUUUAGAAAAAUAGCAAGCAGAAGCAGGCAUGACAGAAAUACAUAAAAUUAUUCUUGAUGUGGAGAAAGCAGAUAAGGAAAGCUUUUUCCCCCCUCUCUCAUCACACUAGAACCCAAGGCCACCCAAUGAAGCUGCAUGUUGGAAGUCUCAGGACAGAUAAAAGAAAGUGCUUCUUCACACAGUGCAUGGUAACCCAUGGAACUCACUGCCACAGGAGGCAGAGAUGGACACCAGCUUGGAUGACUUUAAAAGAAAAUUAGAACAAAUGCAUGGAGGAUCAGUGUAUCAAUUGCUACUAGGCAGUUUGGCUAUGUUCUACAUCUCUCUUAUGCUCUUAGACACCCAAGACAAACUUUAUUUCAACAAGCCUAUCCUAACACAUACUUCAGUAAUGCAUGCUUGUUUUCAACAUUUGCUGAUUUUUAUUUGCAUAUUAUUGAUAAUUGUUACACACUGUUUUGUGUACACCACUUGUAAAUUUGCUUAUACUUUUCCCCCCUAAGCAAAUAUAUACCAAAAAAUAAACAGACACUCCCAUGUUCAAGACUCUGUCCGCAGAAACCGCAAUGGCUAUUUUUCACAGGGCAUUAACAAAUAAUUACACACACACACCUUAUUCCUGCCGCUUAUAAACUGGAUGCACCGCCUGCCACCCGCGCAGUCCCAUUUCCACCAGCAGGUGGCAGAAGGCAGCACCCCGUUUUCUCCCGGCAGUGAAAAAAACCCAGCCCAAUGGUGCUAUUUCACCCCCCCCCCCGCCGCCGCUUCCCUCCUUCUCUCCCCCCACUCCCGUUUUCGCCUUUCAUCCCAAUUUGCAGCCAGCGCUGUCUUCGCGAAAACUCCUCCCGCUGCACCUGAAAGAGGCUCCUAUUGACAAACUUGGCUGGAACGAGGUGAGCGCUGGGCGGGGCUCCUCGCGGGGAGAUUCGAGGCUCAUUCAGCGCUGCUGAAACGGCGAAGGCGGGGGGGGGGAGGCUGAGGAAGAGGCUCAGCUCGCUCGUUUGAUAAGCAAGCUGCGUGCAUCUAGACGCCCCCCCCCCCGCCCUCCGCUCCCCGUCCUUCCCAGAUCCACACCCCCCUGGAGCCGUAGGAAGAGCUGGAGCAGCCUGACAGCCCCAGCUCAAGAAGGCGAGCCUGGCGCGGGAGACUCCGCGUCCACACGAAGGGGCUGCGCCGGGUGGAUCGGUGGGGGGAAGACCUUGUGGGGGGGGGGGCAGAGCGAGGACAGGAAGGCACCUGGUCCGGGCUGAUUCUUAGGCUGCUGCUUUUAUCCUCUCUCUCGCUCCCUUUUUUUAACCCCACCCCUGACCUUAUUAUCUGCCCGUCCAAGAUUAAGCGCAAAGACAGAAACCGAGAGAGAGAGAGAGAGAGAGAGAGAGAGAGAGAGAGAGAGAGAGAGAGAGAGAGAGAGAGAGAGAGAGAGAGAGAGAGAGAAUAGCCCGGGCGAUCAAGGAGACACCUGCGGAUGGACGGGAAUCAAACGGAAAUAAUACGUAUAUUUCUCUAGGGAAGAAUUUUUUUCCCCUUUAGGAUUUUUUUUCUUUCUAUAAAAAAAGACUCACUGCCACGAAAAGGAGAAGGGGGCAGCGGAAGGCACCAGAGAGAAUUUAAAGGACAGUUUUCCCUCCCUUUGUUGAAUGAGAAGAACGGGGCCGGAUCAUCAUGAGCACCAGCACAGUUCCUUUCCAGCAAAACCCGUACAACCCUGGGGGCCGUCCCACCAUCAUCCACUGUUUUCGCUGCGGAGAUACGUGUAAAGGGGAGGUGGUGCGUGUCCAGAGCAAUCACUUCCACAUCAGAUGCUUCACCUGCCAAGUGUGUGGCUGUGACCUAGCUCAGUCUGGCUUCUUCUUUAAAAAUGGGGAAUACAUCUGCACCCAUGACUACCAGAAACUCUAUGGCACACGUUGCGAUAGCUGCCAAGACUUCAUCACGGGAGAGGUGAUCUCAGCUUUGGGCCGGACGUACCACCCAAAGUGCUUUGUCUGCAGCAUGUGCAGGAAGCCGUUCCCCAUUGGAGACAAAGUCACAUUCAGUGGCAAGGACUGUGUUUGCCAAACCUGCUCCCAUUCACUGAUCAGCAACAAACCCAUCAAGAUUCAUGGACCAAGCCAAUGUGCAGGUUGCAAGGAGGAGAUCAAGCAAGGUCAGUCUCUCCUGGCCCUGGAGAAACAGUGGCAUGUCAGCUGCUUCAAGUGCCAAACCUGUGGGAUCGUCCUGACUGGAGAAUACAUCAGCAAGGAUGGCAUUCCAUACUGUGAAUCUGACUACCAUGCCCAAUUUGGCAUUAAAUGCGAGACCUGCAACCGGUACAUCAGUGGCAGAGUCCUGGAGGCAGGAGGGAAGCAUUAUCACCCCACUUGUGCCAGAUGUGUGCGUUGUCACCAGAUGUUCACAGAAGGGGAAGAGAUGUACCUCACAGGGUCAGAAGUGUGGCAUCCUAUCUGCAAACAAGCAGCACGAGCAGAAAAAAAGUUAAAGCACAGAAGAACUUCAGAAACAUCCAUCUCCCCACCUGGCUCAAGCAUUGGUUCCCCCAACAGAGUCAUCUGUGCUAAAGUGGAUAAUGAGAUCCUUAAUUACAAAGACCUGGCCGCUCUUCCCAAGAUUAAAGCCAUCUACGAGGUGCAGCGCCCUGACCUCAUUUCCUAUGAGCCCUAUCACAGAUACACCUCGGACGAGACGCUGGAGAGAUAUAGCUAUGGGGAGUCCCUUGGAACACUCUCUCCGUAUUCUCAGGAUAUUUAUGAAAGCAUGGACAUCCGACAGAGGCGAGCCUCCAGCCCCGGCUACAUCGACUCCCCCACCUACAGCCGCCAAGGCAUGUCCCCCACCAUCCCACGCUCACCGCACCAUUAUUAUCGCUCAGGAACAGAGAGCGGGCGCAGCUCCCCCUACUAUAGCCAGUUAGAUGUGAGGUCUUCUACACCAACCUCAUACCAAGCUCCUAAGCAUUUCCACAUUCCAGCAGGCGAGAGUAACAUCUACCGGAAACCCCCCAUCUAUAAAAGACACGAUACCCUAUCUGCAGCCACAAAAAGCAAAACCAGCGAGGAUAUAGCCCACAGCUCCAAAUAUAGCCCAGCCUACUCUCCGGAUCCAUAUUACCACUCCGAAACAGAAUACUGGACCUUUCAAGGCUCACCUAAAGCACCACGGGUUCGGAGGUUCUCAUCAGGAGGAGAAGAAGAUGGGUUUGAUCGAGGGAUGCAUAAGCUCCAGACUGGCAUUGGCAGAUUGAUACUGAAGGAAGAAAUGAAGGCACGAUCCAAUUCCUACGCUGACCCCUGGACUCCUCCCCGCAGCUCGGCAGGCAGUAGAGAAGCUCUUCACACGGCAGGCUACGAAAGCUCCUUAAAUGGCUCACCCCGUUCACAUUACCUGGCUGACAGUGAUCCCCUCAUUUCAAAAUCUGCCUCUCUCCCUGCUUACAGAAGGAAUGGGCUGCACAGGCCUCCCAGCGCUGAACUCUUCCACUACGACAGCACGAAUGCCGUUAACUGGGGGAUGCGAGAAUACAAGAUAUACCCUUACGAGCUGCUUCUGGUAACCACAAGGGGGAGAAACCGCUUGCCCAAAGAUGUGGACAGGACUAGGCUAGAGCGCCACCUGUCGCCAGAGGAGUUUUACCAGGUGUUUGGCAUGACCAUCGCUGAAUUCGAUCGCCUGGCCUUGUGGAAGAGGAAUGAGCUGAAGAAGCAGGCCCGGCUAUUUUAAACAAACAAACGAACAAACACCGUACAUUAUAAAUAAAUAUAUAUAUAUGUAUAUACAUACCUAUAAAUAUAUACAUAUAUAUAAUUAUAUUAUAUAUAUCUAUAUAUAGAAAGAUCUCUAUAUUGAAACUCUGUAUGACUCUUUUUGUUGUACAGUGGGAGCCCCGGCUGCUCUCUUUGGAAGCCUGUAGCGUGAACUGAAGACUCACAGAUAUUUUUAUGCUCUCUCUUUUAUGCUCUUUCCUUUAUUCCUUUCUCUCUCUCUUUUUUUAAUGUAGCUGUUCUUCGGGGGAAGUUUUUUCGAGGGGGCAGGGAGGAGGCGGGGUCCUGUUUUUAUAUUGAACUCUCUUUUUCUUACAUGAAUGUCAGGCAGUCUUGGGCAUUAUAGCAUCACUAACACACACACACACACACACACACACACACACACACACACACACACAAACAAGUCUCUUGAUCCCAAGUCCUAGGCCAAGGAAGGAGGUGGUCCUGGAGCACAGGCCUUGCAAUGAGUCGACUUCCUCUCUGGUCCUCUUGUGCCCAGCGCUUGGCAUACGGACACCGGAAGUGCCCUGCUGGAUCAAGCUGAGGGUUUGUCCCAGGGAUGGGGAUACUGCAGCCCUCCAGGUGCCAUAGACUACAACUCCCAUCAUCCCUGACCACUGGCCAUGCUGCCAGAGUCUGAUGGGAGUUGGGAGUCCAACAACAUCUGGAAGGCCACAGAUUCUCCAGCCUGUCAAGCCUCGUGUUUCCAAAUGGGUGGCCAGCCAAAUGCCUUACGUUUCUUUGCCGUUUGAUUCCCAUUACUCUGCCUUAGCCACCUCCAGGGCUAUGUGCGCACUGUGCUGCUUGCUUUCUUCUUCCUCUUCUACUUCUUUAAAUCAAAAUUCUGCACCACGAAAAAGAAUCGAAUUCUGUGAUUUGCAUGCAAUAUAUAAAUUAAACAUGUUUGCAUAUUUUAAAAAAACCCACAAGAACAGCCAAAGUCUGUCUAGGCCACCAUUCUGUUUCCCACAGCAAAAAGAGGGGCCCUUGGAAGUUAACAGACCGGCCACACACACACACACACACCCUUCGGUUUGUUCUCAGUUUCUGCUAAUCAGACACACUCCCAUGGAGGCUGCAUUUUGCGAGCGUUGGUAGUAGCUGUUGCUAGUAGUAGCACUAUCCUCCAUGAAUACAAAAAAAUAUUAAUUUGCUUAACUUAUUCUCCUCCUUAUCAUCAUAGUCGUAUAUUGCUUGCCCCAGGACCCUUAGAGAGACAUGCUGGAAGUGCUAGACUUUCUGAGCCCCAGUCUGACUUCAGAGAUUCCACCAGCCUCUUGCUUUUCUGAAAUAUGAAAGCUGGGGUUCUCUGUGUGCUGAAUUUUGCGCUUGCUACAUAACUAAACCCCACGUCUUCUGCAUUUGCACAAGUUUGUAUAAUGGACACAGCCCUGGCUAUGCCCUAACAUAAUGUGGCAAUGGUUCUUUUUAAUGGCUCUCCCUUUCUAAUCCUCCAGCUUCAUUCUCUCAGCCCUUUAGUGGGAGGUCUAGCAGCCUAUUAAUCCAGUAAGCACUAUCUGCGGGGGUGGGGGGAUUUUAAUCUUAUAAAUCCCAAAAUCAGCACUGUCCCGCCACCCCAUGACUAGGAACAGCCAGUGACCCUCUCUUAUUCCUGAAGGAAACUGACACAAUUCUCUCUUGACAAUGUCCUUUUAAUAAACUCUGGCUUAAAAAAAUGUUAAGAAGACAUGAAACUAUACCCAGCUAGGUGUGUGAUCACUAGGGGCACUGCAUCUGAAUCUGAGACUUCCUUCUGUUCUAAGGAUGCAAUGGACAUAACUGAUGAAUCGUACUCCAGAAUUUCGAGCGGGCACAGAAAGUGCUGGCGGCUUGUAAAGGAAAAGGGGGUGAGCUUUGCAGAGGCCUCGGCACCUCCUGGAAUACUAUUUUCAGCUUCUUUGGAUUAGAUUGGACUGGCCAUUAGCAAUGCCUCUGAUCCCAGUUCAAAUCAGUAUGAUCACCUUCUGAAUGAAGAACUGUACAUGGAAUGUCUUUAUCUCUGUGGAAAGUUGUAGGCUUGUUCUGCUUUCUUUUUUAAAAAAGAAAAGAUUUCUUACCUAAUACACUGUUUGAACAAAAGAA